AUGGAGACUGCUGUGGUAAACAAGGAAGAGAUCGGCAAGGGUCUGGGAGAGGAUCUUAAUAGAGAAGGUUUGAAGAAGAUGCCUCUUCGUGUUGCCAAGGGGAAAGAACAAGGGGAAGAUGGAGCAUUUUUUGGUUUUUGUUUUCACUAG